UCUUCUUAGCGGGCGCCGCCAUCUUUAGCUCUUUUAUAGAACACCGGUGUGGCAGAGCGCGCAGCGGCCAUGUUUAGUGAGGGCAGAGGUUUCUGCACUUCGCUCCUCGGUGUGAGGAGAAGACUAAUGAUAGUUUAGGACAGUUUUGUGGAAGGAAGACCAUGGCUAUUCCCAUUCCUUUCCCCACUGUGCCCCUGUCUAGCGGCCACAACAUCCCUAUUCUUGGUCUGGGGAUGUCUCAUGACGGAGGAUAUUCCCACAAUGCACUGCUUUAUGCCUUGAGAUCUUGUGGUAUCCGGCACAUUGAUACAGCUAAACGGUAUGGUAAUGAAGAAUUGGUUGGAAAAGCUAUAUCCGAAAGUGGAGUGAAGAGAGAAGAGCUGUGGAUCACCACCAAGCUGUGGCCAGGGGACUACGGAUAUGAAAAAGCCACACAGGCUUGUCUAGAUUCCUGCAAAAAACUUGGAUUAGAGUAUCUAGAUCUGUACUUGAUGCAUUGGCCUGAUGCUCACAUUCCUGGCAAGAGUUCCCGAGAGGCAAGGGCAGAAACAUGGAAGGCUCUUGAGGAUUUGUAUUACAGAGGCAUUUGCCGUUCUAUUGGAGUCAGCAAUUUUCUAAUUCAUCACUUGGAGCAGCUGAAGGAAGACUGUGAUGUGGUUCCUCAUCUCAACCAGGUUGAAUACCACCCUUUUCAGAGGCCACAGGAACUGGUGGAGUACUGUAAGAGAAAUAAUAUAGUAUUUGGAGGAUACUGUCCUCUGGCUAAGGGACAGGCGCUGACACAUCCACUCAUUCUGAAGAUUGCAAAGCAGUAUGGGAAGACACCAGCUCAGAUUUGUAUACGAUGGAGCAUCCAGAAUGGCGUCGUCACCAUCCCAAAGUCAACAAAGGAGAGCAGAAUCGAGGAGAAUUGUCAGGUGUUUAACUUCCAUCUGCAAGAGGCUGACAUGACACGGAUCACAUCCCUACAUAGUAACAAGAAGGUAAUCCAUCUGACAUACCCACUGUGGAAAGGGUGAAUCGAGGAUCCACAUGACGUCCGGUGCCCAGAUCCAGAAUAACCACUAUUACAUCAGCCAUUACAUUUCUCACCUGUGCUACUUCCCAAACAAUGUUAAUCUUUAUUAUCUUUAUCAUGUAAUAAAAUAAUAAGUUGAUGUUUUUUACCAUUUGGGGGGUGUCCCUGUAGAGUCUGUCAUUAUCCAAUCAAUGCUGCCGGGGACACACCCCAAACUGGUACCGCUCAUCUGUAUCUUUAUCCAUAGACUUCUAGCAGGAAUAAGAGAAGAACAGCACAAUAUAGAUUCAUAAAGUUACCUGCACAUGGUGCUGAUUUGUGUGAAGAAAAUCCGCAUGAAAUCAGCACCAAAACCACACAUAAAUUCGUACUAUUUAUUGCAGAUUUGAUGCAUUUUUAUGCAUAUUUUAUUUAAGAAAUUACGCGUUUUUUGGUGCGAAUUUUCUGUUUAUGUUAACCACUCUAUUGAAGUCUAUGGGGAAACCACUCUAAAGAAGGUGCGGAAUCUCACAAACAAUUGAUAAUGCUGUACAUUUUAAAAAGUCAAUUUCUGGACAUACGCAAUGAACACAUGAAUGGCACUUUAAUAAUAAUAAAAAAAAAUGAUAAUAAUAAUAUGUAGGGAGAAAAUGUGUUAUGGAGCAAUAAGCUGCUACAAUGUAGAGACCGUACUGUAACACUGGAGCAGCACAAAGCUUUGACACAGCUACAGAUCCCAUUCAGACAUGUAAGAGGCAAUCUGACCGGGAAACUUGUGUCAUCUGUUUGCAAAAGAAAAAUCUGUGCUCUAGUUGUUUUUUCUCUGUUAGUUGCAAAACUAGGACUGGAGAUAAAUGGCCUAAUGUUCUAGGCUUUAAAUUUGGCAAUUAGCAAUGUUUUGCAACAUUCUGAGAAAUCUCAUAAUGGAUGUGGUUAUAUUGUGCCUCCAAUUUGGAGGAAUCUAGGCUGCAAUAUUAGAAAACUGCUCGUUUGGUGUCCUUUUAUAUUGUCAUUAGCAAAAUCACUUCUGCUGAUUAGGUCUUGUUCAUGUCUGCCUGGACUACUCCCUGAUUCUGUUCCGUUGAGUAUCAUUGAAUGAUGGAUACAAGCAGAGCGCCUUCUGUUUAAGGCAUUCAGUCACUAUAAUGUUAAAAAAAUAAAAUAAACAUGGAAACUUCCAUUCUAUCAUAUACAUGUCAUUUUUUCCUGCACACGGCACUGUUCCUUCUGCCAAAAACAGCGGACCCCAACUUAGCAUAAUUGAUGUUCAAAUGCACCCCUUUAGCAAGUGGGGUUUAAAACAGACUCAAGAGGCAGUUGAGGGAUGGAACUGAGCAUGUGCGGCCAUCUCAGUGAGCCGGACAAAGAAAUAAGAGAAAACAAUCAGCAGGUGGCGCUAUACAGAUAGAUUUUAUGGAAUAACUCAGUGGCUAUACAA